AUGCCGAAAACUGAAGUAAAAUGUUCAUCGAACACUUGUGUAGUGACGCACGGCGCUCAACUCUGCUCUAAUUCGCAGAUCUCUUUUUUUCUGCUUACUUUGCUUGUAGAACAUGCAGAUAAACAUGUAUUAUAUGCACUUACAAACAUGCCGUGCAUAAAAUUAGCAAUGAAGAAAAAAAAAUUACAUGAGGAAGAAUUAUUACCUACCUACGGUUCCGCGAAGUGCAUUUUCGGUAGAGCGGAAACUGAAGCAUUAAUUGCUCUUUUGCAAGUAAUAAAAGGAAGUUCUUUGAGUUCUUCCGAAGUAAACGAAAUGGUAAGUUUCCGAAAUGUAAACGAUAAAACAAUACAAUCUAGACAAGAUAGCUGGAUGUGCUAUUGCUCUGUACAAACUGUUUGCAUUGUAAAAUGCAUAUUAUAA